CAAGAACACGGUGCAGCCACCAACCCGCACACCACCAUUCCCAACUCUCAACUCGCUUUCCCAAAUGCCUUCACCUUCGCCGGAGAGCAAGCGCAAGAUGCUCGGCUCACCCUUCUUGCGAUUGCCGACAGAGAUCCGCCUGCACAUAUAUGCGCUCCUCGUCCUCCCAGCGAGAUCCACAGAUCUACUGGCGAGCUACGUGAAAGUCUCCUCCAGCACCCAGGACUAUUUUGACUACGACAGGAAGCAGUUUGGUAGCGAUAAAACAGCGCAAGAGCAACUGCAGAACCCAACGCUUCACAUACGAACAAUCGAGCCUUCUAUCUACAAGCAGCGCCAUGUAGGCCAGCGUCAUCACGCAAAGAGUAGCUACAGCGUUCGGGCUGAUCGCUUCCGAGCACGGUGCAUGCAGACCACCUACCAUUGCGUGAACAAUCCUCGCAUCGAAGGCAAUCUUGGCAUGUUGCGCGCCAACAAGCAGAUCCACGCUGAAGCGUGCGAGCUUCUCUAUAGCGCGUACACCUUCGACUUCGAUACCCAUGUGGAAGCAAUCCUUCCAUUCCUUUCCGACCUGACAUCUUUCGCGCGAAGUUGCAUCAAAAGCAUGCGAAUCGUGAAACGCGCCAUCCCUUAUCUGAACGAGUUCGACAGAUGCGAAUGGGCGAAUGCUUUGCGAUACAUUACCAAUCCCCUUAGCGACAUCAACCUCCGCCAUCUUGAGCUAGGAGUGGUCGCUGGCCGACCUGGCCAGAACGGCUGGGAUCUUGUGUCGAAAUACUCCGCGACAGACUUCAAUUUAUUGUGCGGGAUGGAGGGCAUGGAGUGGAUGCAAUACCUGCUAGAAAUGGAAGGUCUACACGAAUUGGACGUGCAAGCCGUUAUCGAGCACUGUCCGCCGGUGACGAGCUCCACAGCUAUGGCUAAUUAUGUCCGUUUCUCUGCAAGCGUAGAGAGCGGUUUCUCGGAAUUCUUGAAGGGACGAUUGCUUGCCCCGGUGGCAGCUUAAACGUUGGAGCUCGAAUAGAUGACAUCUCGGCACAUUGUGGGAAGUGCAGUUUGGCUACAGUACGGCGGUGUGCCCUUGCGUGGGACCAAGCUCACGACUCCGUAGUCACGAGUGCAUGGAUAAAUCUCAGCAGAUGUUUGUGAUUG